GGAAUAAUCAUGGCUUCUCAGGGCCUGCAGAUCAUGGGUGUGCUGUUGGCCUUCAUCGGCUGGCUGGGCACCAUCAUCACCUGCGCUCUGCCGAUGUGGAGGGUCACUGCUUUUGUCGGGGCUAACAUCGUCACUGCCCAGGUGAUCUGGGAAGGACUGUGGAUGAACUGCGUCGUCCAGAGCACGGGACAGAUGCAGUGCAAGGUGUACGACUCCAUGCUGGCUUUACCUCAGGACCUGCAGGCUGCCAGGGCCAUGGUCAUCAUCUCUGUGAUCGUCGGGGUGUUUGGGGUCCUGAUGGCCAUCAUUGGGGGAAAGUGCACCAACUGCAUGGAGGACGAAGUGGCCAAAGCCAAAACCUGCAUUGUGUCUGGCGUGAUCUUCAUAAUAGCGGCGCUGCUGAUUCUCAUCCCGGUGUCGUGGUCGGCUCAUGCUGUGAUCAGGGACUUCUACAACCCGAUGGUGAUCGCAGCUCAGAGGAGGGAGCUGGGGGCGGCUCUCUAUAUCGGCUGGGGCUCCUCCGGGCUGCUGUUACUAGGAGGAGGUCUGCUCUGCAAUAACUGCCCCCCGAAAGACAGCAGACCCUACACGCCUGCCAAGUUUGCCCCAGUCAGAGCCAUAUCCACAAAUAUGGACUAUGUGUGA